AUGAGGAACAUAAAAUUGGAAUAUUAAGUCAAAAAAAUGAUUUUAAGUGAAAAAUUUGGUUAGUUGUUUAAGGCCUUUCAUAACUUCAAAAAAAACCAAAGUUAUGAUUAAAAUAGAAAUUUAUAAUUGGAUAACACUGAAUUUAAUAAAAAUAUGCUUGAAACAUUGUUUUAGGAAAUUAAUGAGACACUUUAAUUCCAUUUUUAUGGAUUAUUUAAGGAUGUGAUGAGAAUAUAAUUAUUCUUGAAUAUUAGAAAUUUAUUUGGAAGUUUUAGAAACUAGCUUACAAUAGAUUUUUUUAACAAAACAAUGAUAUAAAUAACCCUAUAUUUUGUUAUAUGUAAAUUUUUUUUAUAUAUUAGGGUUAAUAAAUUCCAUUUAGAAAAGAUAAAUACUUCAUUAUCACAUAAUUAGCAUCAUUAACUUAGAAUAUGAACAAUAAAUAGGAGAAUUGUUUAUAGUAGAAUUACAAUUGGAAGCCUAUCAAAUCUAAAGGUAAUUGAAGACUCAGAUAAUGAAUAAAAGAUUCUUAAUUAUUUAAAGGAUUCUCAUAAUAAUUUAAUUAAAUACAUUUGUUUGGCAAUAUUAAAAUUUUCAGGUAUAUAAUAAAAUUACUUCGCCAUAGAAAUCUUAAUUAUGA